AUGGGCGUUCUUUCACGGUCUUCUUCUUCCAAUUCCGUGGCCAAGAGCGUCACCCCUCUCUUUGAGAUCCGUCUCGAGGGUCUUGACCACGACGUGGUUGUCGUCAAAGGCGCGCCAAACGAAGCCAAUCUGGUACUUUUGUCCGGGAAAAUUGUGUUGGCCAUCAACGAACCCAUCCAAGUGAAAAAAUUAACCCUUAAACUCUUCGGAGAUCUACGUCUUAAUUGGAUAGAACACUUAGAAUCUGCAACCACUAGUUAUUCUAAACCAACUCGCUUUAUCAAGCGUGUUUAUGAACAUAAUUGGGACAAUUUCACCAUCCAAGGCUACACCGAUGCAAAUGGAGCUCCAGGCGCUCAUCAUGAACAUCAUGACCAUAGGCUAUCGUUCCAUCUAAAGCACUCGGCAAAAUCCUCAAAUUCCCUCCUUUCCAUGAAUAAAAAACAUGAAUCACAUAGCAAAAACAGCUCUGUGAGCUCAUUGACCCGGCCCGAUGCUAAUAUCAUCGAUAACACCCCAGCAGCACCCCAAAUCAUUUCUCCAGCUGGUACACAAAAUGGCUAUCCAUUGGCUAAGGGCAACUAUGAGUUUCCCUUUUCUGUGAUUCUCCCAGGUGAUAUUAGUGAAAGUGUCGAAGGUUUGCCUGGCGGUUCAGUUGUCUAUAAAAUCGCUGCAUCGCUUGAACGUGGGAAAUUUAAUAAGCGCAAGAUGUGCACCAAACAUUUUAGAAUCAUUAGAACAUUAACACCUGAUGCUCCUGAACUCUCUGAAACAAUGUCCAUUGAUAACAAUUGGCCUAAUAAAAUUGAAUAUACUAUCAGUAUUCCAUCUCGUGCCAUGGCGAUCGGUAGUGCAUGUCCAGUGAAUUUUCUUAUGGCGCCAUUAAUUAAGGGUCUUCAAUUAGGAAAAAUCACCAUCAAACUCGUUGAGUACUAUUCAUUCAUUGGUUCUACCACAAGAGCAAGUCAUUCUAAUGAUCGUGUCAUUUCUGAGGUUGUUAUCCCUAAACCUGAUGAUGACGUUUAUGAAAAUGAAGAUCCAACCCCUCUUAUUGAUGAAUCUACACCUCAUUUGAAUCCUGUCAACAAUUUCAUGAAUCUUUCAUACGACAGAUGGGAAAUUGAAAAAUGCAUUCAAAUUCCUCCAAGUUUGAGUAAAUGUACCCAGGACGUCACCAUCGCCAAAAAUCUCAAAGUACGUCAUAAGUUAUCUAUUGUGGUUGCUUUGAAGAAUCCAAACGGUCACACUUCCGAACUUCGGGCAACUUUACCAGUGAUUCUCUAUAUCUCACCAUUUGUCUCUGUUUCUGCUAGAUAUGAUGAUUCUUUGGUGCUCUAUAAUUUUAGCGAUAACCUACCAGAACUCUCGGUCGAGCAUAAUAUUUUGACCGCCAGUAAUAAAAAGAAAGCACCAGCAGCAGUGGCCCGGAAGAAAACUACUGCUGUUGCUUCCAAUAACUCUUCUACUACUGACAUAAGGGGCCUCGGAGCUCCUGCUGAUAAUGGUACUGUCGGUGAUGAUAAUAAUAAUGAUGAUGAUAAUAAUAACGAUAACGAUGAGCAAGAUAAUGAGGUUCUUUUCAGUGGUGUUGAAGCUGCCGCUGUUACUGACGGCUCAACUGGAAGACCCGAUCUCGUUGCCCCUCCAAACUAUGGUGAGCAUAUUUAUGAUAGACUCUGGUCAGAUAUUGAAACUCCAAAUAGCCCGGGAGGUAUCAGCCCAAUUGGAUCACAAACUCCUUCUAUUCUUACACCACCUGGCCUUACUUCUGGAACCCAAACCCCAACCCAAAUUCAAAGAGUCCUGUCGCAAACUAAAUUUAAUUCUCAGUUAACAAAGCACCUUAAUGAAUUGCGGUUGCAACGUCUUGAAGAAGAGAAUAGUGGUACUAUUGACGGGAUAACUGAACUGCCAUCUGGACCUGGCUUUUUCACUGGCGCUGAUACAGCAACCCCAACAGCACCAGCGAAUCCAGAAGCUUCUUCUGCAGAACAUGAUUAUUUUUCGUUGCCAACUGCUGCUGCACGCGAUGUUGUGGCGACUCCUCUUUCUCCCGACUUUUUCCAUCUAUCCAGGAGUAACUCUUCUAAUUUACUCUAUGCACUUUCUAAUAGUGGGAUACAAACCCCAAGCGAACCGCAGAGUUGGAAUCGUGGUACAUUGUCUAGAGUUCCAUCCUAUGAGACUGCUAUGCGCUCUAGUAACAAUAGUGGAAUGUUAUCUCCAGCCUAUAAUAUACCUGGUAGUGGAUCCAGCUCAGCAAGCGGGGUCACGCCUACAACAGAUGCUGUUGGUUUUGCGAGUGCUGUCAAUUCCGGAUCUUCUGCGUCACAACCGAUGACAUUACGCCUCCCAAAUAAAAAAUUCAAAAAAACAGGUAGUAAUACUCUUCUGGGAUCCGGAUCAUCUGCCCCAUCUGGGACCAUAGCUAGACCACAGGCAAAAAGAAAUUCCAGUUUCUUAAACUUGAGAUUCGGAGGCGGUGGUAGUGGGAGUAAUUCCACUUUGAAGGUUCUGAGCAAAUCUGCUAUCGCUCUCAACAGCCUGUUGACCACUUUGCAAUCAUCUCCAAAAACCAGCCAGUUCUUGAAUACAGUAGAAAACACCAUUCCAUCGGCUAGUAAAGAGAGCUCGAGCUCUGAUGAAGAUGGUAUAGUCUUGGGAGUCAAAAAGAAUAAAAAGAAGAGCAAAAAAUGA